UCCAUUAUCCAAUCAAUCAGUCAAUUUUAACCAAAAAUGUCGGUGUCGGAUUAUGAACGCUUGUGUUGUUGAUUAUUGUUUAUUUUUCCACUUCACACAAAAUUAAAUGUGCGCCAAAAAGGAAAUGUUUUUAAUUUAAUUCAAAUCAAAUAUAAUUUAUAAUGUACUACCGAAUGUGAUUUUCGCUUGGUGUCAUUGACGUAGUGAAGAAUUUACGAAGAUGUGAUUUAAUUUACGUAUUUUGGCUUUGUGCCAUCGUAUUUUUACGUGAAAUGGGUAAAAUGAAGUUGUGUUUAGCUGUACUAUUCUUGGUAGUGCAGGGUGCGUUAGGAUUUUGUCCAUCGUUAUGUUCAUGCAAGGGGAAUCGGUCAGGCGAUGGGGUGUUGGAGUCUCAGCCAAAAGAACUACUGAAAAUGAGUUGCGGCGGAACCCCAGUUCAGAUAACAGAGUUGAAGGAAAUAGACUUGAGCAAACUUUGGAUGGAUGUUGUUAGUUUAAAUCUGUCUGGAAAUGCUAUUUCUACUUUAUCAAGAGAGCUCCAUCUUCCAAAUUUACAAAAAUUGGACCUCAGCAGAAAUCAAAUAUCACUGAUAGAAUCCGACGCAUUUUACAACAUGACAUCGCUACAAAGACUAGAUCUGUCCUACAAUCAAAUCAGCAACAUUUACAAGGAAAUGUUCAAGAGUCUGGUCAACCUGGAGAGAUUGAUUUUAUCCCAGAACCAUAUUUCUGUGUUGAGUUUGGGCACUUUUGACUACCUUGUGGGGUUAAAGCAAUUAGACAUAACCGACAACCCCCUCAUAUGUGACUGUGAACUGCUCUGGGUAGGAGACUGGGCGAGGAAUACCAGCGUCAAACUGGUUGGCAGCCCCAAAUGUGCCUUCCCUGAAAACAUGGCCAACAAAACUGUGCGCAAACUACGAAUAUUUCUCGACCUAUCCGUUUGUGGAAGCGUACUGCCGUCCAAUACUCUGAUAGUUAAACCAAGCCACGAUCAAGUUGUGUUUGCCGGAGACUCGUUAAAAUUAACCUGCAGUGCUCCCUUCGCAUCUGUCAUAGCAAAAUAUGAGUUAAAAUGGCACCAUCCGAUGCUAGAAAUUUGCGAUGUCAAUAUCACAAAUACGGACAUGCAAGAGGAAGGUUUAGCGGAGAGUGUGGUGUUUUUCGCGAACAUAUCUAGUUACCAUAUGGGCAAUUGGACGUGUAUGUACAAUGAUCAAAAUCAUAUUAGGCAUAAUUAUACAGUACAGGUAGUGGUUUUGACGAAUCAGACUCAGUACUGUGAGACGGGCCAUACUGUGGAUAACAAAGGACUGUAUUCAUGGCCUCAGUUGUUACUAAAUAGGACUGCAUCCGUGCCUUGUAGAAGUGGUGAUGGUUUUGCAUAUAGACACUGCAAUGCUAACGCUACAUGGAGCCAAGCGAACACUACACAAUGCUCGUAUAUCAGCAAUAUAACUAAAUUAUUGCAGCAAUUCGCCUUGCUGAACGUCAGUUUGGUGCAAUAUUCAGCUUUGAACGCAACAGAGAGGCUGGCUAUGUUGAUACGAGAAAAGACUUAUCCUUUGGCUGAAAUAUCUGAUGCGGAUGACGUCAUGUUCAUAGCUCAGGCUGUGAGGAAUUAUAUGCAGUAUAUAUCAGAGGAGACUAAUUUAGGUUCAAAACUCCUGGACGUGAUCAGCUCGGCUAUGAACAUAUCAGUCCCCGUGAUGACUCAAGCUGAAACGUUAUAUGGAUCAUGUACAGAUUUGGCCAAAGCUGCGGAGGAAAUAUCCUUGUAUACUAGAAAUGUUGAGGCACAUAAGAUAAACUUGGCAGUGGAGCGUUUCCCGGUGCGCGAAGGGUUCAGCGGGGUCACCUGCGUGUGGUACAGCGCCACCAGAGGCGAGGCGCCGCGGCUCCACUGCUCCACCACCAACCGCACCGUGGCGCCGUUACUCACUGUCACUGACGCUCUCAUCCACGCUAGCGUGCAGAUACCACAGUCGCUUCUAUACAGCAACACAGAGUAUGGCACAAUGCUGCAGUCCAAGCCUCAAGACCUGGUGGUUGCAGUUUAUGAUGACGCGUCACUGUUUCCAUUGCUACCCGUCUUGGAAGACGGGCCGUCCCGUGGGCACAGGGCCAAGGACUAUUACGGACGGAGUACCAAGCGAGAGGACAAGAAUAUGGAGAUAACUUCGCCGGUCAUUGGAUUCCAACUCGCUAACGCAUCUCUCCGCGGUGAGUUGUUGGAGCCUAUAAUAGCGACUGUGAGGGGUCGCUCUGUAGGAGGGGUCGACGGUCGAGCCGCAACGUGGGACCCCCGCACGAGGCGGUGGAGUGACAAUGCCUCAGAUUGCAAAGUAUCGCACGUCGUAUCAGAAAUGAUAAUAAUGAGCUGCUCCAGGCUAGCCUAUGUCGGCCUUCUGCAGAACGUGGAAACUGGCAUAUAUGGUGCCCGAACAGACGGAGCCAGGUUCAAAGUUUCUCAUCCCGCCAUUUACGUUGGCUCCCUCAUACUCAUAGGCAGUGUUAGCUGUGCUACUCUGACAUAUAUCAUGUGCUACCCAGCCAUACAAAUGGCGAAAAAAUCCAAACAUGCCCUCAUCAACUCAUGGAUUGCAAUUGGAUUGCUAUGUUUCAUGUACACGCUUGGAAUCUAUCAAACUGAGGACGUAAAGCUCUGUCAGAUACUGGGAUUGUCAAUACACUAUCUGUCCCUUUCUUGCUUAUUGUGGAUGUGUGUAUCCGCUAGCAAUAUGUAUAAAUGGGUGACAAAGACACACAAUCCUGUCAGGACCCCUGAGGAUGAUAUUCCACCCGAUGUACCUAUCCAGAAACCUAUAUUGGGGUUGUAUUUAGUAGGAUGGGGCAUAGCUCUGAUAGUAUGCGGGAUAUCUGGUGCAGUUAAUUUAAAGGAUUAUGCAGGUUACUCACAGUGCUUUUUAAGCACACCACCAGCUUUAAGUGCUCUGUUCAUUCCCGCAGCGAUUUUACUCAUGUUUAUACUCAUUCUGUUCUUACUCAUUCGAUGUACGAUAAGAAAUAUGAACGUUCAACUGUCUGAAGGAACUCAAGCUACAGAAAACGUUGAUUUGGAAAUGUGGGAACCGAAUCAAGCGACCGAGCCCGAAAGGCGGAGCUUGAAAUCGACGGUAGAUUCUGAAAUAGACGAUAUCGAACAUACUCCAAUAAUUCAAUUGCGAGCUCAAGUCAUUGUUUUGUGUCUGUACGUGUCUGUUUGGUCGUGUGGUGCGAUCACCGUGUAUAGACCUUUGCCAGCAUAUUUGCCUUAUCAAGAAGAUAUUUGUAGUAUAGUAUAUGCAGUGUGUGCAACAGUAUUGGGGACUUUCAUUCUAUUCUUCUACGGAAUCGCCAGAAGCGAUGUUAGGGCCCAAUGGUCUAUGAUGCAUUGUUACCUACAGUCCAGUAAACAGUGUUGCAGGAAUAGAAGCGUUUUUGACACUAACCAACAAAACCUGCCAACAAACCAAAACACAACUACAUCCCCACAACAUAAUGUAAUACCUAACGACAACAGGUCUGGCUCCGGUAGUAGAAGUUCAAACAGAACCAAUUCAAAAACAAACAACAGCGGCACCUACAAAGCUGGUGCGGAACUUAACGGUCAAACAUUACCUAAAGACCUCAAAAACACGAACGGAAAAACCCCUAACAUAAAUCUAGUUGUCUUACAUAGACAACAGUAUAGAUCGAAUAAUUCCAUGAUGACAUACCCAGAUUCGGGAACAGUUGGGCCUGAAAUCUUUUACAAUCCAAAUCAAAUGAAUGUUGCCAAGAAGUUUUUCAAGAAGCAGAGGCAACAUAUGAAACGAAAUUGCCUAGAACUGCCUUUGAGGCGCGACUGUGACGACGAUUCUCACGUUUCCUUACCACUACCCAGCAAGGAAGCGUAUAAUGGAGUGGCUAGUUUCCUAAACGCGGGUACAAAAGUCAAUAACACUAAUCAACACGUCGAAAGAGUCAAUAACGGCAUAAAAGAAUCGAGAAAUACUGUUAACCCCAAUUUGCUGGAAGACGAAUCGAAAGACAAUUUCAAAAGCUAUUCCACUGAUCGCAAAUCGUGGGCGAAAAAUGACGACCCGAAAGUUGGGAGAGCGCAAAUUAUGAACAUAUACACGAACGUGCCAGAAACACAAGUGCCCCAACAUCAAAUAAUUAAAGCUAACGUUCAGAAAAGUCUCAAUGGACAGAGAAACAGCGUCUCCGAAGAGUGUUUGCAAAGCCACGCAAGCGAUCACCCUGAAAUGCGAACGAUAUCACAGCAAUGCAGUUUAGAAUACAGCUCAGCUUCGGAAAUUGCGAUGCCCCACACUUGUUCAGAUCAAACGUUGAAUACUCAUUCAGAAAUGACGUCGCUCCAAGAAACCCACAGUGCCUUAUGCUCGACUAAUGAAAUUACUGACACAGAAAGCUUCGGCCAGUACAUCGAUUACUUACAACCUAAUAAAGCCCAUGAAAACAAAGACGCCAUUGAUAAAUCUUUACAGGAUAUAUCAGAGGAGUGUACCAUGAACAGUGAUGAUGUCAACCAAUCUAGUGCUGCACAUCAUUUGGAAACAGAUCUGGGCGAAAUGGAUAACUUACUCCAGAACCCGGACAGGGAUAUUCAAGGGUCCGAAGACAAAAUCGAUGAUGAUAAGGAAACCUUUUUCAUGGCGAAAACUACGUACGAUUUCGAAACGUGCAGCACCAAUGCGAGCGAACAAGGCUUCGAAAACGAAAGUGAUAUAUACUGCCCGAACUACCAAAUGUCCGAAGUUAGCAUACGGAGUCACGGUUUAUAUGCCCCAUCACCAUCUUCCAUGUGUCCGAACGAAAUAAGCUUUAGUAACGAAGACGUUUCAACGCUAGAAAGUCAAUACGUGAACUACGAUCCAGGAUGGAGGAAAACAGUUAAAAACAACCCCAAGUUGGGUAAGUACGUGCCAACCCCAGCGUUGAGUUGUCCUGAAGUCAACCGCGAUAGCAGUCCGCUGUCUUUUGCGAGUGAAUUGGACGAACUUUACACGCAAAUAACGAGCAGGGACAAAGACAGGACGGCGAGGAAAGACCACGGUCUCGAUGUGACUGUGAAUAGUGAUGUGACUCUGAAACCAGACAGUGAUAGUUGUGUGAGCGAGGCAGUUUCCGACGUGGAGGUGAAAGGAGAAACGACUGUUUGAAACUAGUUCCAUGAUUCUCUAUGAUGAAACAGUGUGGCUAAUUAUCUUGUACACAAUCUCUAAACUACACUUAACUGUCAGAUAUCUAAAUCUAAUGCUAUCCUUUUCUACAUGAAGCAUAAUGAAAGGGAUAGAGAUUGUAUACAACAAAAUCAGCCAUGGUAUCUAUCUAUCAUCACAGAAUACUUAAUGGUAUUUUUCAGGUAUGAAGGGCUCAUUCCACAAUGACGUUUAAAUAAAUAGAGAAGGAGAGAAGAGUUUACGCGAUGGAAAGAGAGGCGCUUGUAAAUUUUGGGCUGCAGUAUUUAUUUAAACGUCUUUCUGGAGUGAGCCUUAUUAAGUAUGUAUUCUGUUCUGGUAUUACAGUAUUUUUGAUGUCAAAUUUGCAAAUGAAGAUAGUUUGUCAGUUUGAUGUCAAGAAUUACAGUAAUGAGUGUCAUACUAUUGCAGAGUCAUAGGGAAUGAGUACCCAGUUUUUAAAGUAGUAAAAUAUAUGUAGAUAUUUUCUUGUAGAAAUUGUUCUUGUUCUAAAGAAAUGUUUCUAUCCUUAUACAUAAUUUUUAUGUAGCAAUAACCUCUUGUGAUGUCGUC